ACAAUAUAUAUAGUUAUUUCACAACUAAUAUCAAAAUCGAGUAAUAUAGGCAUCGUAUUCGUAUACCUUAUUGACGAGAUAGUAGAAUUUGAUUUCGAUGAAAAAAGAGAAUCAGAACCUGAGUGUAACCGUUUAUCGUUAUCUAGGAGAAGCAAGCAGCUACAUAAUAUGUAAGUAUCCAGUCAGUACUUGUGGCAUACAGUUGUUAGGUUGUGAAUAAUUAUUAUGUAAAGUUUCCCUGCUUCAGGUAUAUACCAAAAAGUAUAUUGAAUAUAUAACAUGUUGAAGCUGACUUGUGAAUAUUAAAGUUGUACAACUGAAGUAGUUACUUAAGGUUAUUUUACGAUAUUAAAAGUUCCCGGGAAAUUGCACACUUAACUGUAAAAUGGAAAAAUUGAAGUACCUGAUUAUAUUAGCGACGUUCCUACAAGUGUGUUCUUCGUACAAAAUUCUUGUGGUGUAUCCGUUGCCCGGCAAAAGUCACAACAUUCUCGGACAGGCGACAGUCAAACACCUGUUGAAUGCUGGACAUGAGGUCACAUACGUUACACCUUUUCCCACCAGUAAAACGACCGAUAAGUACCAUGAGGUCGAUCUCAGCAAGAACUUGGACAACUAUCAAACGAAUGAUGACUUGUUUAACCUGAAGACAAUACUUGACAAGUCAGGCAACCAACAAAUGUUGACCAUGUUGCCCAAUAUGAUAAAAAUGUUAAAGAUGAAUUUAGACAAUGAUAACUUGAAGAAGUUUCUCGGAGACACCACGCAGAGUUUCGACCUCGUCAUUGCAGAGUGGUUGUUCAGUGAUGCGUAUGCCGGAUUCGCCACCGUUUUCGACUGUCCGUUAAUCUGGUUCGCAUCAACUGAGCCCCACUGGAUGGUCCUGCAGCUGGUCCAUGAGACUUCAAACCCAGCAUUCAACCCGAGCAUCAUGUCCACAUCAUCUCCGCCGUUCUCUUUCGUUGAGCGAGCUGGCAGCUUGGUAGGCAUGUUCUUGUUCUCAGCUCUUAGAUACUUCUACAUUAGCCCUGCUGAAAAAACAGUGUACGAAGAAUAUUUUGCUCCAUUCCUGCAAAUCAGAGGAAGACCGUUGCCAAACUACGAAGAAGUUCUAUACAACGGUUCUAUGCUCUUGACUAACUCCCACUCUUCGCUGGGCCAGCCCGUUAGCGUACCUCCGAAUACAAAGGAAAUUUCCGGAUAUCAUAUUGAUCCUAAUACGAAACCUUUACCCGCAGAUCUCCAAAAACUUAUGGAUGAAUCCAAGCACGGUGUCAUCUACUUCAGUAUGGGCAGCAAUGCCAAGAGUAAAGAUUUCCCCGACGAACUAAAACGGGACAUUCUGAAAAUGUUUGGCACUUUGAAACAAACUGUACUUUGGAAGUUUGAAGAACAGCUUCAGAAUCUGCCUAAAAAUGUCCAGAUUUUGAAAUGGGCGCCGCAACACAGUAUUCUUGCCCAUCUGAACUUACGUGUCUUCAUCACGCAUGGCGGUCUUCUCUCCACUACUGAGACAGUUUUCUUCGGGGUCCCAGCAGUAGUGAUUCCAUAUGGACUUGACCAACACCUCAACGCAGAGAGGGCUGUCAACAAGGGCUUUGCACUGAAAGUCGACCUGUCUUACGAGAUGGCUGGACCCAUGAAGUUGGCUAUUACGAGAUUGACAGCCCAAAAUAGGUACACAGAAAGAGUGAAGGAGCUAUCCCAGAUGUACCACGAUCGGCCGGUGGCGCCGGGCGCGGAGCUGGUGCACUGGGUGGAGCACGUGGUGCGCACGCGCGGCGCGCCGCAUCUGCGCUCCCCCGCGCUCCUGCUGCCCUGGUACCAGAAGAUGUACCUGGAUCUUCUAGCAGUAGUUCUCCUAGCAUUGUAUGUAGUGAAAUUAAUAUUGAAGAAGUUGUGUGAUAUUGCAAAAAAUGUUUUAAGAAAUUUAGGGCUAGUUAAAUCGCCUGUUAAGAAGCAAAAAAAGACUAAUUAAGUAAUUACUUGUUUUAUAAAGUUAAUAAAAUAAUAUUUUAACUGUU